AGACGUCUCAUAUCGUGUCACAUUGCAGCUGAUCGAACUGCGCGUUGCUAUCCGCUCGUCGAAAUUUAUGAAGCUGAAGUCUGCCGUUGAUGUCAAAGCUUGACCUUAAAACUACCUCAUCACAUUUUCCUCCGACCCCUUCAGUAUUGGAACUUCCUAGUGAAUACCUACCGCCGUAUCCCGACCAAAAUCUGAAUGCGCCACUAAAUUAUUCUAAAAAUUAUUUGUUCAAUCUACCUCUUUCUGCUGCCUUUGUGUCUAGAACAGGUAUGGGCAGUAAUAUAGCGCUCCCCUCGCAAGGUGCCUGCAGGAUUUGUAAUUUCGCGGGGUUGAGUGCGAUCCUUCAACAUGGGACCUUUUGCAUUCUUCUGAACAACAUUCCCCCAUUGAUUACGGAACCUUUGAAUCAAGACUAUACCUGGGCCUUCUUUUGCAGAUUUGCCCCCCUCGGUACUUCGUUUGACUCGCCUAGUCGAGGAUCUCUACCAAUGAUUCGACUGGGCAGCGAUCGUGCUCGCCUCAUUGAAAGGCUCGAAGCGAACUUCGAGAACUCCAGUAGUCCUAUGUCAUGGCUACACGGACCCUCCGGUACAGGGAAAUCUGUCAUUGCAUACACUCUUGCCAGUCGGUGCAGACAGAAAAAUAGAUUGGCGGGCAGUUUUUUCUUCUCUCGCAGGCAUGCAAACUGCAGAAACGCACAUUCUCUCGUGUUCGCACUUGCGUAUCAACUUGGGCUGUCUCAACCGCAGGCGAAGGAGAAAAUCGUUAAAGCCCUGGACAGUGAUCCUGGUAUAAUCUCUCCCUCUCGAGAUUUGCGCGAGCAAUUCGCUCGGCUCCUCAUUGAACCUCUGGAGGCAGUUGAUUGGCGCUCUCCUUCGUGGGUGUUCGUAAUUGAUGCUAUAGAUCAAUGUCAAGACCAAGCACCCGAUCUCAUUUCACUCCUUACUCGACUUCUCUCUCAUAUGAUUGACGUGGGCCUUCACAUCUUCUUCACAAGCCGUGAUUAUAUAAAUGGAGACUCGAUCAAGUGUCAUCUCUCUCCAAUGAUAUCGGACAUUACCCUGGACCUCACUGGCAUUACUAGGAAUGUUAGAUUAUUCCUCCGCCAAUCUUUUGAUAAGAUACACAAGCGUCACCGUCUCCAAUGUCGUAGGCCAUGGCCACCGGAAGAGGUGCUCAGUUGUCUAGUGGAUAGAGUGGGACCCCACUUCAUUGCAGGAUCCAUCAUCGUAAAAUUUAUUGAAAGCCUUGACCAUGACCCCACGGACAGGAUGAAUUUUAUUGAGCACAUUUCUUUUAAUCCCUCAUCCCCUUCAGAGUCAUUAAUAGAUGACCUCUACAAAUCCAUUAUAUCCACAGCCGACGACCCAGCGCAAGCAUAUUUUUAUCUCACAAUUAUUGUGAACCUUGCUGGCAUGCUGUCGUAUUGUCAACUAGAUGAGCUUCUUAACCGAGGGCCAAACCAGAAGUUUGACAUCCGUUUCGCAUUAUCUCAAUUGUCACCUCUGGUUCACACCCCAGAUGGUCACGACAGUGCUGUGCAAGUCUGUCACGAAUCCCUUCGCAAUUUCCUGUCCGACCCUCUGCGCCGUAGAGAGCAGCUCAUCUCUGAAGCCGCGGUUCAUCGUCUGCUGGCUUACUCUUCUUUGCGUAUCAUGAUAGAGGAGUUACCAAAUUACAGCGCUCUCUGUUCCCGUUUAUCCCAGUUAGCGACGGAAAGCAGCUCUGGAUCCCUCUGUGCCUUCGACAAUGCGGAAGUUCUGUCACUUGCAAUGUAUUCACCGCCAGAGCCUUUGCCAUUUUUGUCUAUGCUCUGGCAUAUCAUGCAACGUCAGUAUGCGGGACUUCAGGUUGAUUCUCGCACAAAAUUAGCGCUGCUAUAUCUCUGCCAUACCUGGCAGAUUUUACAGCACCUCGACUUGUCCGCAGCUGACGCCCUGCCUGCCUUCCGCUUCCUAGCAAAUAUUGAAUCCCUACCUGUACUCUUGGCCUUUCCAAUAUUUCUGGCAUUUGAAUCUCCUAGAAGUGGCCAAACUCUGGGCCCAUCGACCUUGGAGUACCACCCUCGCAUAGAAACCUUGGAUGCAGUGACCGACAUUGUGACCAAUGUGCAUGCCCUCAGGGAUCAAAGCAAAGCGGACUCGGGUGCACUCGACUAUGCUUGUACUCACUGGGCCCAUCACCUUUCUUUGGCGGAGUGGGAUGAUGACCUCCGCUCCGUCGUCACUGCCUUUAUGGAACAAAAGCUCCUGCAGUGGCUCAUGAAAGCAUGGUGCCUCCAGGAUCUGGAGUCCUGCCUCCGGAUGUUGUGGGAGGCUCGGGAACUUUGCUUGGCAGUUAAUCCGCCUAUCUACUUUGAUCCUGACGCGCAACGUACCGUUGCAGACACAAAGGUCGAAGAGGAUGUCGAAAAAUCUAAUUUGGCAGCGUUGAGUGUGACAGAAGUCGUAGAUGAUAUUGAGGUUGAGGACGACCAUUUCCAAGGUCGUACCGCAGAGCACAUUUACUUGUACUCGAAGUCCAGCACCGUUGCGAGCAGAACUGAUGCCGUACAACGUCGUCGACGCCGCGAUACUCAUAAGUGCGAUGUAUGUGGGCAAACCUUUACAGCCGUAUUCAGCUUAAAGCGUCAUAUGCAGUCUCACGCCUGAUAAUCUGAAUAUGUGAAAGGUAUGACAAAUGGAUAAAUUUUCAAUGCCUUUCAGGACAACAGAUGUGAAUCUUGAUUUUAUAAACCUGAGAGCUAUUGCAUGGCUGAAAUUUUCAACUUUUGUAUCAUUAAAAGUCCCUGCAAGUGGUAUAUAUUUCUAGACAUUUGCUAUGAUCAGUUAGAAAGGUGGGAAUAAUAGGUGGUGUAUGCGUAGUAAGUGUCAUGCUCGCAGAGUGCUAGUAUGAGUACUAUAUGGCGCUACAGACUGACAUGUAAUGAUUUUUACUGAUUGUAGGAAUUGGA